AUGCUUACGCAACGGAUGGUGCUGAUCGCCGAACGCCAUGGACAUCAAACAAACGUGGAGAAGAAAAACUCCUAUCGAUUAGAUAGCUGGGCGGAGUGGCGCAUCCUCACCGGCGCCAUGGUGCAGCGCCCCGGCCCAGACUGGGGACGUGGACCACGAAAAUUCUCUGCUCUCCAUCCGGCUCCGCAGUCGAGUGUUGAUUCAUCUGCCGCCCAAUGGGCUUGCUCGUGGGGUUGCAAGGGCGUCUACUCUAGUAUCCGCCGACAGAACAGCAGAGUACGUGGCGUCGGACAGCGAAGAAACAAGAGCGAUAAGAAACCGGAUGGGGAAAAUUCAAAAGAUGUUGACCUUUGCCGGCGAAUGGCAAAAGGCGACGGCUGGUUGCAGCUGCAUGGUGGCUUGGCACGUCCAGGUACCGUGUGCCGCGCCAGGUACCCGGACACCCGUUCACGCAUCCUGCGCCCCCAACGGCCAUCAUUCAGGAUUCCAAUUUGCCUUGCAUACUCCAAGUCCGGCUCAGGACGCUACACCACCGGACGCUGUAAUCCCUACCUCAUCACCUGGGCACUUCUAGUCCGGCUGCUAGUACCGUGUAGCUCCAGGACAUACACAGGGCAUGCAGCUAGGCUAGCACAAAUCGGGCCAUAUAAACCCUCGCCCGUAAACUGCCCGACAUGUCCACACAUUGAGUUUGCCAGGAAAAAGGGAUCCGAUCCCCCAAGGGAAGAGACUCUGAAUGCUAUCAAGAAGAAAAAUAUUUGUUCGCGCCACCAGCACAAAGGUACCAUCAGAUGA